UGCUUCCGAAGGCUCCGCACCGCUGGCAAGGGAUCGCCGUCCUUCAAAAUGAUGUCGUCGGUUGUGGCGAACACUACUUCCAAAUGCCUCAGCUUAGGAGUCAUGACGUGGCUGCCGUACAUAGUGGCCGAGACUCGAGACCCAACUAAACCCAGAAUCACUGGAACGAUGCUGCAGGUCCUGGACAUCUUUGUGGAGCGUCUGGGUUUCUGUUACAACUUGGUGGCCCCGCGAGAGAUCAACGUUGGAGGGAAAUUACCCAACGGAACUUGGACAGGACUCAUCGGGAUGGUCAUAAAGAAGAAAAUAGACUUCACAGGACAAGCCCUUGGCGUCACCGCCGAGAGAGCCGAGGCGGUCGACAUGAGUGAGUUCCUGUACAUAGAUGAAUGGUCAGCUGUGUACAAGAGGCCGGGGAUUCAGCCGGAUAUUGCAGGCUUUGUGAAACCCUUCACGCUGAAGUCGUGGGUGGGAGUCCUUCUCUCGUCGAUUGUGGUUCUGCUGACGGCGGUCUUCAUCAGGCUGGUCAGCGAAAGGAUCAUCUACCACGGAGGGUCUGACUCUUCCGAUCGUGGCGAUGUCGACGACGAUGAAGGCGGUCGAACUGCUUCAGCCGUGAACGCCCGGGGGAGGAACGGCGGGAGGGAGAAUUUCUCAGCUAUUCUCUAUGAUGCCGUCAACUGGACGGUCUCGUCUCUGCUCGGACAAACAUUACCAAAGAUAUCACCUGGCGAAGCUGUUCGAAUCUUCAGCGGGCUUUGGCUGCUGGCGUCCAUGAUAUUGUCUACAGUCUACCGUUCCAACCUGAAGGCGAUGCUCAUCUUGCCCAAGGUCUAUCUCCCGUUCAACAACAUCGAGGAGUUGGUCAGCUCCCGCCUCCCCGUCUGGACGCCCGUGGACGGCAAGCUGCAGAUCACGGCUUUGAAUUCCCCCGGUAACACUACCAUGGGUCGCCUGGCCAAGCAGUUCGUGUACCCUGAGCCCCCGAAAGGACUGAACUGGCUGCAGAGGUCAAUGAGGGCCAUGAAUCUAGGGGAAAUGGUCGUCACGUCUCCUCUGUCAGUAGUAGAACAAACAUUCCACUACAUAUUUUCACUGCACGGUCGGUGCCUGAGCUAUGCCAUGGCUGAGAGAUAUUUCAAGACAUCGAUUCUUUGCCUCUUCUUGCCAAAGGGAUCACCGUGGACAGACAGACUAAACCCUAUAAUUGUGAGCCUUCGUGAAGCGGGAAUCCUCGACUACAUUUACAGACGAGAACUUCGCAAUGCGACCGAAUGCCUCAAACCGCCGGGAUCAAACGUUGAUUCUGAACUGCGUCCUUUGGAUCUCGAUGACUUCUAUGGAGUCUUUCUGGUAUAUGCUGGAGGUAUCUUGGCUGUUUUUGUUUCUUUCCUGGCUGAGCUAAUUGUGGGAUUCAAGCAAGGAAAGCAAACAACUUUCUCACCAAGUUUCUGCCGAAUUCGAGGCGGGAGCAGAACGACUGACCAAAAGAAAUGAACACUUUCUCCUGUUAAUAUAUCCACUGCUGGCAAAUCGAAGAGACGGGGCUGAAGAUGUCAUGAAUGCUCGGGCUUUUUUCCUUCACUUGACAUUCU